AUGAAUGCUGGAAGAAUUAUAUAUGCGAGAUGGCUCUCAGUGGCCAUCCCAUUCGUCUACUUCCUCCUAUGGAGCACUGCUUUCUCGACAGCAUACCCGGGCCUCCGCCGCCGGAACUACCCCCAUCUCGCUGAGCCCAGCGCAAUACGCGAACCCAAGGACUCGGAAACGCCGCCACAUAAGCCCCACAAGUUCAAGGGGCCCUUGUGGUGCGACGGCCCCAUUACCGCGGGCCCCACAGCCGAUAGGGAAGCAUAUGUUUGCGAAGGGCAAACUUUGUGCAAGGGGGCCACAGGUUGUGACGGGCCUUUGACAUGCACUGGCUCUUGGUUCGACGAUGAGGGGAUGCUGGCUUGUAGGGGGGACCUGUUGUGUGAUGGGGCCCUGUCUUGCAAUGAGAUAACCCCCGCGGCUUGCUUACCGGGGUUGAGGGGAAUGCCUGACUGGGCGUUGGGACUUUUGCUUGGGUUUUUGAUUUUGAUAUCUGGAGCGAUAACAGGGUGCACCGCCGCGUUCGCUUGUUUGUUCCCGCCCUAGGAUGUUUUUUUGUUUUUUUGCCUGCUGUACUGACCGAUUGGUGUAGCACUGGAUAGGUGAGCUCCGGCAAUUUACUUGGUUGAAAUGGUCGCUGAGUGGGCGCAGUACAGAGUUAAGCAUCUACGCGAUGGAGGAAACGAGGAAUAAGAAGUGAGCCCGUGAUCUUCAGAAGUUUUCUGGUCCUUCUCUCAUCUCAAGCAGGAGAUUAUCUGAAAAGAUUUUGAGAUUGAAGAGUUAUUACACCCCCUGGGUUAUUAGUAUGCAUCCAGUAUAACACAUUUUUGGGUAUAUAACCCCGCUCACUAUCCGGGAUACAGGCUGUCUGUUGAUGUGCAGUAUUACUAUCAAUCUUUCGCUUCCGCUGAUAUCUGCUUGCCUGCUUGAUAACCACCUCUGGGGGCUUUUGCUAUCGGCAGGUCUUUUGAUAGUGGUUGGCGAGAUUCUGCCCCAGGUUCUCUUUCCCAGGUAUCCGGUGGCUAUUCUUGGGAGCUUGAUGUGGUAAGCAGUUUCCAGGUUUCCGAUGAUUUUAGGCUCAAAUAAAUAGGUUCAUCUACAUUAUAUUGGCUCUCUAUGCAAUCCCAGCGGGAAUAUUUGCCCUUAUACUUCAUUACGCAGUUGGCCAUGGGCCUGGGGAACGAGGGAUAACUUACAAUACGAAGCGAUUAAGUUCCCUUAUAGAUAUCCAUUCUCGGGUGAAAGAUAAAGGAGGGAAACUUUCUGUGGAUAGUGUGAGGUGUGGAAUGCUUCUCAUCUCUAUUGAUUCGUUUCUGAUAGCCUAAUAAUUCUAUUGAGCAUCUGUGUUUGCAGGGUCAUGCAGGGAGCCCUCGACCUGGAGAACAAAGUAGCGAGAGACAUCAUGAAGCCCAUUCCGGAUGUCAAGAUGCUUGACGUUAAAGACAGGAUGAAUAUCGGCCGUUGGAAAAAGGUCAUUAACUGGGGAUAUAGCAGAAUCCCGGUGUACUCGUCGAUAGAAGAAAAUCGGAGAGCAGACUCACCCUAUCAAGACUGUCCGAUUAAGAUAUGGGGUUAUUUGCACUGCUUUGUGGAGCUCGCCGUUCUGUUCGUCGAAGGGAUUUGCUAAUUGCCAUCCAGGAUAUGAUGUCGCCGGAUCCAAAAGAAGUAACGACCCUGAGAAGUGUCCCAAUCCAUGCACUGCCGAUAGUUUCCGAGGAUUCUCCACUUUGGGAUCUUCUGCAUUUAUUUCAGGUAUAGCUUCAAUCACAAAUUUCCGAAAUAACUUAAACACUUCCCAUACUAUACUGACUACCAUCAGGAGGGGCUCUCGCAGUAGGUUUCCAUACAUACCCCAAACCGAGAACUGGGUGCCUAAUUGGAUUAAAUCACAGCAUAGCAAUUGUUGAAAAAGGACCCCCCAUUGAACCGAAAACGCAGGACAACACGCCAGCCAACAAUGCUCCUCCGAACCGGGUCUGUGAAGGUAUAAGAGAUGGGAUUUUCAAGAAGCUAAAGUUUAUACGGAACGAAGGCGAUUACCAACAGCCACUGACCCAAACCCCAAAAUAUUGGACGGACUCACCGAUAUAUAAACUGUCUAGGGAACAACCCUUGGGAAUAGUUACCAUGGAAGAUGUCCUUAAAGCGCUGUUGAGGUCACCGAUAUUCGACGAAAAGGAUAUAACCCAUUAUAGGCGCCGGAUGGGACAUGGGAGUGGCAGCCCUGAGAGAGUCUUUGAGAGUGAGCUGCAAAGUCCCUUCGCCCGAGAGUCUCUGAAUAGCGAUGAACUGGAGGUUGAGAGCGAGCUCCCUGCGGGACUCGCUAUCCAGUUAAACACAAAAAAUGGGGGUAACGGUUCGGACAUCGCUUCUAGAAAGGAGCAUAACUCGGGAGAUAAGCAUCUUUCCUUCUCCAAGCCUCUAGUCCCGAUAUCAAGUAGGGAGAGAAGAAGGAAUGCAUUGACAGACCCCUUGGGCGGAACACCAAGAUGCAAUUCUCCUGAAGGGCUCUCUUCGAAAGAUAAAGGGAAAGGAAAAGCUUUUGAAGUAAGAAAAGCUAUGUCCGAAAACAAUUACAGCACCAAUGCAUCGGACGGUUUCGAGCUGGAAAGUCUUACUGGAGUUAGCAUUCCCUCGAGUAUAUUCUCGCAUUCCACGAGCACCACAUCCCACUUAGUGGAUUUAUUAGGCCUUAGGGGUGAGUAUACAAACUCUUCAGGCCCUGGCCCGCCAACGCUAGAUGAGGAGUUCCCGGUCCCUGUUCACAGUACGUAG